CGCCUGCGCUGGCUGUGUGUCCACCACGUUGAUGCUAUGUACCUUCUUACUUACCGCGUUGGGGUUGGGUGGGGGUGUGACCUGCAAUGACUGGGUACCCGAGGCGUCUGGAGAUGUAUCGGAAUUGGGCGCAGAAGCAGUGUUGACUUUUUUCCUUCACUCUAGGAAGGACGCGGACGCGGGCGAGAGUGGAGGUGGAGGUGGGAAGACGUCGUCGUUGUUGUUAUCGUGUGUAUGGAUGUGUGGGAUAGAGUAAGAGUAGUGGGCGUACGGAUGUGAUGUGUAUUAGUUAGCUUGGCGAGUGGUAUUACAGUGCGAUUGACGAUGGGUGGUGAAUCGAAUCCGAUGGAAUGGUGAUUUGUUCUAGUCAGCCACUUGAGGCUGAGGCGGGAAGUGGAU